AGUCUUGCUGCGAGUGUUGCACGACUGCUCUAGACGUAAACACUAGCCUCUCGUUGAGGGAGACUCAGCGGGGCCGGGUGUCGGCUAUAACAUCUACCCAUGGUCCGACGGAGGCCUCAGUGGCAGAUCGGAAUAGUAACGAACGGACGCGCGACAGUGACACGUGAACGAACGGAACGGAAGACGGAAGACGGCAGAGCACGCAUACAGACACAAUGCGGCUGGUGCUCCGAAGCUUGGCGCUGGUGCUGGUGGUGACUCUGGCCGCUGCGGGGCCGCUCGCCAGUCAGGACUCUCAGGGUAGCAGCGGGGCCAACAUCGUCUUCGGCAGCCGGCGGCAGGGCGAGGGCGUAGGGACCAGCUCCCAGUUCGGUGAGACGCACGCCACCAGUGUUCAGAACUCCACCGGUGACGGCCAGCAGACCAACCGGGGAGAGACGGGCGCCGUCUCCGUACAGAAACAGACUGGUCUCGGCGGAGCCACGCAGGCCACUAACAACCAGGGCGCCGUCCAGGCCCUGCAGACCACCGGCACCGGCAGCAGCGACGGCAGCAGCGACGGCAGCGACAGCGGGAGUGGAGGAACCGGUCGGCAGGUGUCCAACAACCAGGUCAACAUCGUCUCCAGCCAGCAGCAGCAGAACGUCGAGGGCUCGCUCAUCAACGUCCAGGGUGGAAACAAGGGAGUCGUGAUGGUUAACAGAAAGAAGCCGGGCCAAGCCAGAGCUUUGGGAAUGGGAGGCUCCAUUCAGAUGCCUGACGCUCACCAGACAUCCCGUGACAACACCCUCCUCCAAAUAAUGGAUAACAACGAGAUCAUCCUCGUCAUAACCGCCAAUAAAACCGAAAAGAUCGUGCAGCCUGAGCCGAUACCGGAGGGUCCGAGCUGCCGGUAUUUCUGCAUCCGGCCCACCACCAAUGAGCCCUACUGCUGCGACGACGGCACCAACAGGGCUGGGGACCCGUCAAUUCACGGCGGCAAGUGUCCCCGUCUGCGUCUGCUCUGCAUCAGAUUCUCCUUCUUCAACAAGUGCGCGCACGACGGCCAGUGCGCGGCCAGUGACAAGUGCUGCUACGACGCCUGCAUCGACAUGCACAUCUGCAAGAGGGCCGACCCCAUCUAAACUCUGCUUCAACUGUGAAUAGAUGGUCGGACGUGCCUUACUGGGAACCUUUGCCUCAGUGAUUCGUCCGCGGCUGCAUGUGUGCGUCUGCCGGUCAAGCUCGCUGGCGAAAUGAUUGAUAUAACUACAACGCAUUUAGUUGUGACUGCAAUAAAUUUAGCGCUGAUUCCUUUAAAAAGUUUACCAAAAUACUCGUAAAUUUUGGUUUACACAUCAAAGUACGUCAUAUAAUACUUGAAUUAACAAGGUCAAUAAAGUGGCAUUUAACUAUCGAAA